GUCAUUGAUUACUAUGGCUACAUGGUCCCAGCCGGGCUUCAUCAAGUGAAGAACUGCCAUCCCAAGAAAAGAGCGUCUCGCUCAAUGUUAUUGUUUUUCUUUUCUCUUUUUUUCCCCCUUUCCAUGACAGCUAGUUCCCUAUGCAAAAAAACAAUAUCACGGAAAACAGAAUAACAGAAUAGCUAACAAAUAGGUUAAACCGAUUCGAUUCGUCUUGGGGAAAAAAGAGCCAAGACUAUAUACCCAAUUGCAACGACCGCAUGCCGGGCGGACGACGACAUGGAAGUCGCGUCACGAUGCCUUCAAUCAAUAUGGCCGCCCUCAAGCCGAUUCUUGUCUUCAUCGCCAUCUGGACCAUUGUCCCGAUACAAGUUCGCGCAGCCGAUGCCACCACGACCGCGACCGCAGCCUCUCCCGCGGCUACUCUUGUCCCUUCAUGCGCCAGAGGUUGUUUCCAGUCCUUCCUGGAUGUUUAUGAAUUCACAGGUUCUUGCGGCGAAACGCCAUCAUUAGAUUGCCUCUGUGGGAGGUAUAGCUCAUCAGGUGCUACGAUAGGCGAGGGUGCUGUCCAAUGUAUCGUCGCGGAAGCAGAAACAGGCACCUGCUCCAAGGACGAUGCGAGCCAGAGUCUAAUAUCCAAAGCUUACAGUGCAUGUCAAGAACAGCCCAAUGCUGUUACUCCCACCCUCAAGACUAUCGUCGCGACUUUGGUGACCUCGACGACAGCAAGCCCAACUAACUCUCCCACUCCUACCACUAUGAUAACCUCAUCGAGACCACCAACAGGAACUAACGCCCCAGGGGCAUCUGCCACUGCAACAUCUACUCCCCAAGAAUCUAACAAAUCCUCAGCAGCACUCAAUGGAAGUCAGGUUGCCGGUGUAACUAUCGGUGCGGUUUCCGGGGUUUUUAUCCUUGUAGCAUUCGUCUUCAUAGCGAGAUGUUCCCGGAAGAAGCACCUAAACAAUGUCGCCGCAAGGGAUAAAAGUGUGUCGUUUGAUAGUGAGAGAUCGGCGCCUGGUCCCGGCAUGAAUGGUCGGCAGGGUAGCAUGCAGAUCUCAGCUCCUUUGCACGUUGCAUCCGGGCCGGCCGCGUGGGCUCCGCAGCCCUACGAGAGUAUGCCCACUGCUCCUGCUCCACGACUAAGCACCAUUGGCCAGGCGCUGACGCCUGCGGGAAAUACGGCCACGCACUUUGACAACACGACCUCCAACAACAACCAGUCCACAACGCAUCCCACACUAACGCCGAGGAGACGAGACUCGGCCGAAUUCUUUGCCGCUCUUGCGCGUAACGAGCAGCCUGGGCAAGUCCCUCGCCAGCAAUCCUCAAACGGCUCCAAACCUCAACUUAACGUCGCAAUUCCUGCAAGCAUCCCUGGUACUAACAGGGACAGUCAGGUAACAGAGUUCGCCGAAGAUGGAGAGGACAUGGAUCCAGAGACGGCAGGUGGAAACAUCUGGCGCCCGCCGCCGACGGAUCCUACCUCGGCAUCCACCUACUACGUAGCCGAUAAAUGGGGCAACUGGCGACGAAAGUCAGUGUCGACCCGGGAGCCGAACACGACAUACGGGAAUAUGGCGCCACUCAGGUCCGCAUCUUCGGCCACAGUGCCUCCGUUGAAGCUUGGAAAGAAACUACCAGGACAAGGCGAUGGAAGCCCAAGUGCCGCCUCGAGCGUUUACUCGGUCUUUACGCCACCGCAGUCUGAAUAUCCUGGGGCUAAUAACCCAAUGCCGCCGUUGCCUCCCUUUCCAAAGUCAUCAUACGCCAAGAUGCUGGAAAUGAACAGGGCUCUGGAGGCUAGCACUCAUGGACCCACACCUCAGCGAAAUGCCUCAACAGCCAGCAACGGCCCUAUUGGCGCUCGUAGUGCCUGGCCUAAAUCCGUGCCGAGAGACUCGCAGACUACGACAACAACCAUCUUGGAUGAUGACGAUUUGACAUCCCCAAACCAUGGAAACAGCAUGGUGAUGCCCGAGACAGCAGACGGAAUCAGGAAGAUGCUGGGGGGUGGCUCUUCGGCCCGCCCAAGGUCAACCAUCCCACCCCCCGUUUCGUACAACAACAUGACCAGUAGCAGCCGUUAUCCCCCGGCCGUAUCUAGCCCAGCUCGUCCUUCAUCAAGCCACUCCUGGACAUCAGCAGCCACCAACUGGCAAAAUGAAGAGUCCAGUCCACUGAGUCCUAUCCUUGGACGCAUGCCUCCGCAAGGAGCAUCGGCCCAAACCCGUGCCGAUGUACCCGAUCCGCAUUUGCUGUCACCGCCGAUGCCGUCACAACUGCGGAUGCCUACAACUACUGCAUCCUCGAACACCAGUGGCCGCAGCCUGACGCGCCAGGGAAACGCAAUGACGAUGCCAGGACCCAGCAUGGACGACGAGCCAGUCGUCUUUCCCGCGUUCCCGCCCUCCCCGGAUAGCUUUCGGUCAACCGGCAGCGGACUGCUCGCGAAGCGACUGGGUGCCGAGCGUGCGGCCGACUUGAGCCUCGAGACUGAGGUGCAGCCAGCGACCCGGGCUCACUGGAUGCGACAGUUGUCGCCAUCGUCGCCAUCUUCGGGUCCGGCUGUCGGUCUGCCGCUGCCGGUAACACCAGGCUGGGAGCCCAAGCUUACUCCAACACGGCGGGGCGAUGACCUGUUUCUCAAGGUUGCGUGAAAAAAAAAGGGACAAAAGAAACCGGUUCCACACAAAAUCCAUGCUUACCCGAGGGACACAGUCUUACUAUGAUUCUAGACAAGACCCUUUGCUUACACCCCCAUAAUCCUGACCAACAAAACCACCCCCUGGUCAUCUCAAGUGGGAUGUGGUCUAAGCCACCAUAACCCACCCAACCUGGACAACAUUGUAUUACUACGACACAAGGGACUCCUGCCAACGAAGUAAGGUAGUCAUUAUAUUUUUGCAUUAGGUGUUUUUUUCUUCCACUUGUACAUAAAACUUUUGGAUGUUUUUUUCUUCCCUUUUCGGUAUUUUUUUUUUUUUUUGGCGUUUUAUGGAGCACACAGGGUGCGGUAUACCCCCAGUUUUGGUUUUGGUAUUUAUUGCUCUU